GUUUUGUUGUUAUUGGUUACUGUUAAAAACUAUUUAUUUACAUGAUUACAACAUUUUAUUACUAGAUUUAUCCAUUGAUUCUUAUCAAAACGGAUAAGAAAUCAAAUGCUAUCACUAUUGACAUUACGAACUUGGCCGUAUCUUAGAAACUGAAUGUUGUGCGAGUGCGGAUUGGAUAAAUCAAAAACAGUCAAUUCUUACAACUUAUAACAUACGGAAAUCGUAAGCUUUAGUAAGUGAUUCUGCAAAAUCAUUCCAAAAUAAUGGUACGUGCAUGGUAUUUGGGUAAAAUUAAGGAUGAUCAACGUUUGGAGAAUCAUCGAGAUCCAGAACAAUUUAUCGAUUUAAAAGAUUUGUACGUGAAAUCGGGUGUUGAACAUUUUGAGAUACCAGUAAAUGACUAUGAAAACAAUGAUUAUUUGCAAAGUUUACGACAAGGAAUGGGAAUCACUUACUGCGAUGAGAUCACGUGCUCAAAAGAAUGUAUGUCGAAUUAUGAGGAGAAAUUGAGAAUAUUUUUCGAGGAACAUUUGCAUACUGAUGACGAAAUCCGUUAUGUCUUGGAUGGAUCUGGUUAUUUUGAUGUACGAGAUGCAAACGAUGAAUGGAUUCGAAUUGAAGUGACCCCCGGCGAUUUAUUAAUAAUACCAGCUGGAAUUUAUCAUCGCUUUACUCUUGAUACAAAUAAUUAUAUAAAGGCCAAACGUUACUUUGUGGGUGAACCAGUUUGGACGCCACAUAACCGUCCAGCGGAUCACAUGGAAUGUCGUCAAGAAUAUUUGGAGAAACUCCAAUCAUUAGUUCAACAAUAAUUAAUUAUUAUGAACGAUAAUUAAAAAGUGAAUCGAAUCAGAUUUUGUUAACCAAAUUUUUUUGGAUCAGUUUUCAUCGAAGUAAAUUUAUAAUAAAAAUUUAUUGUUAUGUUUGUACAAAUUUGAGAUAUUAAUACAUAUUUUUUGAUUAUAAAAA